AUGGUGCGAUUCGUCUUCAUAUCGAGCUUUUUCAUUGCUGCCGUAUUCGCUACAACUACUCCGGCUGGGGGCAAAUUGGCUCCUCGUCAACUUGGGUUUUCAGCCGUAACAACUUCCUACCGAAAUCUGCAAAGUCAUUUCCAAUCGGCGAACACCCGUUUUGCCACCAACGGAUUCACUUUGCAGUCUGCUCGUUCGGAAGUCCAACAGUUGUACUCUGAAUUCAAUGGCGCACUUACAUCCUUCAACACUUGUGCGGCCUGUAUCGCUACCGGCAAUUUUGGCACCUUCAGUCCGCUUUUCAUGAGCACUCUAUCGUCUUUCAACACGUUAUACCAAACGUCUUCACGCGUCUUUGGAGCCUCUCAGGCGCUAGACCUAUUUGGUGGCUUUGGUCGCCUCGAUAGCGCAUUCGACCAAUCCUUUCAUAGAAUCGUCAACGCAGGUGCUGCACUGAACACAUUUGUUCCGGGGCGAUUUUCAAGCUUCUUCAACCAAUUACACCUCACUCACAGCGCUAGUUAUCUCGGCCAAUUCAGAUUGUAA